CGGUGAUUAGACCGCGUGUGUAUGCAACUUGAUUUUCCUCAAAAAUAUCUGAUACUCUUACUACACUCUUCUCCUGCUCCAAAGCCAUAUAUAUGGAGACAGUCUCACACUAAAAGAUAAGAGCGAGGAUUUCCAUAAUUGGAUUCUGUUUGUAGUGUCGUUUUAAUUAUUUCGUGCUCUACGUUAAAAUUAUGGCACAGGAACACCUAAAGAAGACUGAAGCUGAGUCGCCGAGGGCUCCGGUUCCGGCUGUUACGGAGGAGAAAACUGUUAGUCAAGCGCCUGAAAAGAAGCCUGAUGAAUCCAAAGCUCUUGCUGUAGUUGAUAAGGCUCCUGAUUCUGAGAAGAAGAAAAUUUCUGGAGGAUCGCAGGAUAGAGAUGUAGCUCUAGCUGAUCUUGAGAAGGGAAAAAGAUUGUCCUUCAUAAAAGCCUGGGAGGAGAGUGAAAAAUCAAAAGCAGAGAACAAGGCCCAGAAGAAGCUCUCUGAUGUUACUGCGUGGGAAAAUAGCAAGAAAGCAUCUUUGGAAGCUAAACUGAAAAGAAUUGAGGAACAAUUGGAGAAGAAGAAGGCAGAGUAUGCUGAAAAAAUCAAAAAUAAUGUAGCUUUAAUUCACAAACAGGCAGAAGAAAAAAGGGCAAUGGUUGAAGCUAAACGUGGGGAAGAACUUCUAAAGGCAGAGGAGAUGGGUGCCAAAUACCGUGCAACUGACACCACUCCAAAGAAGCUCCUUGGUUGCUUCUGAACUAAAAUUUUCAAUGCAUAUUUUUCAUUUUUCGUAAAACCUUACAUCUGUAUAUUUCCUCAAGUCUUUUUCUUGUGUGCUGGUGGUGCUGCGUGUAAACCUUUUUGAAACUUUCCACUAAAUCUAAGAAUUGCGUGUAUUGAUGUAA